CGCGGCUGUGUGACGUGCUUGGUUAUGUCCUCGUAACCAAAAUAUAUACCUUCGAAAGUUACUUCCAUCGAAGAGUAAUAGAGAUAAAAAUCAAAAUGAAUCUCGUCACGAGACAGUGUUUGAGAAUUUUACGAAGCAACGUUAGGAAUCAGAAGACGUCGUACAGUCUUAGAGCUUCCGGUUUUAAAAGCGCUUUGUCCCUGGAGAAGUUUUAUCCGGAGAGCAAACUGAAGCUGCACACUCCAACUUUCGUACCAAAUCCUGAAGCGAAAUUCAGUGGUUACAUACCCAUGGACAAGGUGCAGAUAACGUACAGUGGUAGCAGCGGACCGGGAGGGCAGAACGUGAACUGCGUGAAUACCAAGGUGGACCUGAGAUUCCAGGUAGCCAGUGCUACCUGGCUGUCGGAGGAAAUUCGAACGAAUUUAGCGGAACAAAACAAAAACAGGAUAAACAAAGACGGUUACUUAAUAAUCAAGUCGGAUUUAACGAGAUCCCAGCACUUGAAUUUGGCGGACGCUCUUGAAAAGCUAAGAGCGAUGAUAAGAGCCACUCUUGUGGCACCGCCGCAACCGUCGCCCGAAUCGGAAGAGAAGAAGAGGAAAAAUUUGUUGAGAGCUGCUAGGGAGAGGCUACACGAAAAGAGAGCUCAUUCCCAUCUCAAGCAAAGCAGACGAGUCCCCGCGGCUGAGUUUUAAAUCAAUUUAGUUAUUUAAUUAUUUAAGUUACUGAUUCAAAUACUGUAUAGUUGUACGUAAGAAUGAGCUAUAUAAAUAAAAUAAAGGAAAAGAAUUUAUA